GAGGGGUCGUUGAUGUCAGUAAACUGGACACUGUUUUGCAAAACAUGGGAAUGAAGCUUAUAGGAACAGAAAGUAAAGACUAACUAGAGAAUCUGCCUGUUGAUGGAAAAAAGGUUGAUGUCAAUGACCUUCCAAAUCUUCUUAGGAACAUGGGAAUUGAGCUGGCUGAUAAGGAAUGCUCAGAGCUGAAGAAAAUCCUAUCAAUUGAUGCUAUUGGACAGGUGUUUCAAAAUAGGGUUUUGGAUGAAGUAAAGUCUCUCAAAGGCGGGAUGAUUAAUGUCAAUGAUCUGAACAAAGUUGUUGGAAACAUGGGAAUUAAGCUCACAGAAAAAGAACAUGAAGAUCUGAUAGCUAAUCUUCCAGUUGAUGCUAAUGGAAAGAUUGUUCUCAAUAAGCUAAUGGAUGGAGUAAAAACUGUUAUAGGGGAAGACAUUGAUAUCUCUGACACAGAAGGUGUUCUGGAAAACAUGAGGAUACAAUUUUCAGAUAAGGAACGCUUGGAGUUAUUGAAAAAGUUACCAGCUGAUGGAGGGAAAAUUGAUGUCGGUAAAUUGGACACAGUUCUGGAAAACAUGGGGAUGAAUCUCACAGAAAAGGAACUUAAAGAUCUGACACGGAGCCUGCAAACUGAUGUUGAUGGGAAAGUUGAUAUGAAAAAGGUAAUGGAUGAAGUGAAAGCCUUCACAGGUGAAAAUAUCAAUAACGUGGAAAAUGUGCUGAGUGAUACGGGAAUUGAACUUCCAGAAACAGAAUAUGCAAAGCUGAUGAAAGCACUGCCAGUUAGUGGUGAUGGAAAGGUGCAUAAAAAUAGAACACUAAAGGGUGUGACAUCUUUCAGAAGGGGAAAAGUUGACAUCAGCAACUUGAGACCACUUCUAGAAAAAAUGGAUAUCAAACUCACUGAAAAAGAAUUUGAACAGCUAAAUGAAAAUCUACCUGUUGAUGGUAUGAAUAGUAAGAAAGUCAGUGUCAACAGCUUGAGUACUAUACUGGACAAUAUGGGAAUCAAGCUUACAGAUGAGGAACUUAAGGAUCUGACUCAGAAUCUCCCUGUUGAUGAAGCGGGGAAGGUUCAUAUAAAUAACCUGGACAAUACUCUAGAAAGAUUUGGAAUUGCCCUCACAGAAGAGGAACUUGCAAAGCUGUCAGAAGACCUACAAAUUGAUCCUAAUGGGAAAGUUGAUCUGAAGGAGGUGAUGGAUGGAGUAAAAGCCACUACAGGAGGGGAAGUUGAUGUCAGAGAUGUGAAAACCACUCUGAAAAACAUGGGAAUAGAGCUCACAGAUAAAGAAUACUUGAAACUGUUGAAAAAUCUGCCUUUCAAUGAUGAUAACAAGGUCUUUAAGAACAGAUUGCUGAAAGGUGUGAAGUCUUUUAAAGGUGGGAAAGUUAAUAUCAAGAACCUGGACACCAUUCUGAGCAAUCUGGAAAUCAAACUUGCGGAUUCAGAACUUAAAGAUCUGACUCAAAAUAUACAUGCUGAUGUUGAUAAGAAAAUUUCUCUAGAAAUGCUGAUGGAUAAAGUCACAGAUUUCACAGGUGAGAAGAUUGAGUCUAAGGAUGUUAAAAAUGUUGUUAAAAAUCUUGGAAUUGAGCUUGCAAGUGAAGAACUAGAAAAGCUAAUGAAAACACUGCCAACUGAUGCUGCUGGAAAGUUAUAUCAUAAUAGAUUAAUGAAGAGUGUGAAGUCUCUCAAAAAGGGGAAGAUUAAAAAGAAUAAUCUCCAUAAGAGUUUGGAAAAUAUGGGAGUCAAGCUCACAGAAGAAGAAUUUGCUAAAUUGUCAAAAAAGCUACAAGUUGAUGCAAAUGGAAAUGUUGAUCUGCAUAAUUUGAUGGAAGAAGUGAAAGUCAUUACAGGGAGUGUUGACAUCAAAAACCUGGAAACUGUACUUGGCAACAUGGGAAUCAAGAUCACCAAUGAGGAACUCAAAGAUCUGACACGAAACCUGCCAGUCAGUGUUGAUAAUAAAGUGUCCCUUAAAACCUUGAAGGAUGAAGUAAAAGCUUUUGCAGGAGAAAAAAUUGAUUCCAGUAACCUACAAAAUGUUCUAAAAGACAUGGGAAUUGAGCUUACAGAUAAGGAGCUUGAGCAACUGAUGAAAACACUCCCCAUUGAUGCUCAUGGAAAGGUAUUUCAAAACAGAUUGCUGAAGGAUGUGAGGAGUAACAAAAGAGGAAAGGUUCAUGUAAGUAACCUGGAUACUGCAUUAGAAGCCAUGGAGGUCAAUCUUACGGAAGAGGAACUUGAUCACCUGAAGGAUCUUCUGAGUGCCUAUAAGAAGGUUGAUCUGAAAAAAGUGAUGGAUAGAAUAGAAGAUGUUACAGGAGAGGAAGUUGAUGUCAAUGACAUGGAAACAGUUCUAGGAAAUAUGGGAAUAGAGCUCACAGAUAAAGAACUAUCAGGACUGGUGAAUAAUCUGCCAGUUGAUAAGGGAAAGGUCUAUCGAAAAAGGUUGCUGAAUGGUAUAAAGUUUCUUAAAGGAGGGAAGAUUGAUUCUAGUAAAGUGUACACUGUUUUGGAAAACAUGGACAUGAACCUCACUGAAAAGGAACUCAAAGAUCUAACACAAAAUCUGCCAGUUGAUGUUAAUGGUAAAGUUGAUCUGGAAAAGGUGAUGAAUGAAGUGAAACCUUUUUCAGGAGACAGAGUUGAUACUAGUAAACUUGAAAAUGUUUUGGGAAACUUGGGGAUUAAGCUCACAUCUAAUGAACGCUUGAAUUUGCUGGAGACAUCGCCAGUUAAUGCUGAUGGAAAAGUGUAUCAGAAAAGGUUAAUGAAGGGCAUAAAAUCUCUCAAACGAGGCAAUAUUGAUGUCAAUAAGCUGGACACGUUUUUAGAAAGCAUGGGAAUCAAGAUCACAGAAGAAGAAUUCAUGGAUUUGAUAGAAAAACUACCAUAUGAUGGUGAGCAUUGUAAUCACUCAUACUUUUUCAGGCCUAUUGAGUCUUUUUUUCUGUCCAUCUUUCAGUUCAGUUCAGUUCAGUCGCUCAGUCGUGUCUGACUCUUUGCG